UAGGCCUAGUUCUGAUUGUUGACCUGGUGGUAACUGUAACCAUUGCCCAGGUUGAUCAACAUGCAACUCAAGAAACCAAAAUCAUGUACCAAAGGAUAAAGCAGAUGGCAAGGGAUGAAACAAAAAUUAUGUUUGGACAACAGCAAUUUUCUAUUCUAGGCGCAGAAGGAGGUCAACCACCAUACUUAACGCAAUCUUUGGUCCAUGACAGUGGUGUCCAUGGUUGGAUAUUUGGGGAUAAACAAGCUCGCCAACACUCGCCAGAUGAACUAUGCGACGUCAAAAGGAUGACAGGAUCGAACCCCGCAAUUUUAGGUCUGGACAUGCAUGACCUGGAUUACAAAGGAAAUAUAACGAGUCAUUGGGUCGGAAGAUUGGCUUACGAAAGGGGUGAGGUCAUCACGGUAUCCAUGCAUCACUCUAACCCUGUCACUGGGAAUAGUCCUUGGGUCAAAAAAGACAACGGGGAUGUUGUUAAGACUGUUCAAAGAAUACUUCCUGGAGGUGAUCACCACGAUAAAUUCAAACAGAUACUGGAUCAGAUGGCCGAUUGGGCGAAUUCUUUCACUGACUCGAAUGGCAAGCCAAUUCCAGCAAUCUUCCGAUUUCUACACAAGUUAAAUGGUGGAUGGUUUUGGUGGGGUUUGCACAACAAGGCCCAGAAUACAGAACAGGAACUCAUAGAAUUAUAUCGAUAUAUGGUCAAAUAUCUGCGAGAUCAGAAAGGUGUCCAUAAUUUCCUCUACGCCUACAGUCCUGAUAAAUUCUCUGAUAAAGCGGAUUAUUUAAAAACUUACCCUGGUGAUGAUUAUGUUGAUGUUCUGGGUAUGGAUUAUUAUUAUUCGGGUUCCUCCACUACAAAGGCCAAUUUUCAGCGCAUGGUCAAGGAUGUUGUGGAAAUGGCCGAAGAACGGGGUAAAGUUCCGGCAAUUACCGAGACCGGGUAUAUGAAUAAUGGCAUUGAUAAAAUACCCAAUUUUUGGCAGGACUAUAUUUUAGAUGUUCUGAAAACGGAAGCGACAACUAAGCGAAUCGCCUAUGUUCUCGCAUGGGCCAAUCAUUGUUCCGGAAACGGACAUUGUCAGCUUUGGGUACCAUACAAAGGUCAUCCAGCAGAGACUGAUUUUAUUAACAACUUUUACAAUGAUUCACUGACAGUAUUUUCCUCUGAUUUGACCGAUAUGUAUCACUAA